AUGGCGAUCACUUGCAACUGCCCGAUGACUCAGCCGGGCCCAACUCUUGCGGCGACGUGCGGCGGCGGCGCCUUCAUGCUGUUCAUGGGGCUCCUCGAAGUAUUCCUGAGGAGCCAGUGCGACCUUGAGGACCCAUGCGGGCGGACGCAGUACCGGCGUCACAUGGACUCCGUGUACGACUUCAUUGUGGUGGGCGGGGGCUCAGCCGGGUCGGUGGUUGCUGCCCGCCUUUCCGAGGUGCCAGAAUGGAGGGUGCUUUUGCUGGAAGCCGGUUUCGACGAGCCGACGGGCGCUCAGGUGCCGUCUAUGUUUCUGAACUUCAUCGGGUCGAGCAUCGACUGGGGGUACCUCACGGAACCAGAGCCGGCCGCUUGCCUCGGGGAGAAGGAGAGACGCUGCUACUGGCCCAGGGGAAAGGUGCUGGGUGGCACGUCGGCCAUGAACGGGAUGAUGUACAUCCGCGGCUCGCGUAAGGACUACGACGGCUGGGCAGCCGCUGGCGCCGAGGGCUGGAGCUACGACGACGUGCUCCCCUUCUUCCUCAAGUCGGAGGACAACAAGCAGCCGGAGGCGAUGGACGCCGGCUACCACUCGACUGGCGGACCCUUAACCAUCUCCCAGUUCCCUUACCACCCGCCGCUCAGCUACAGCAUCGUAAAAGCCGGCGAGGAGCUGGGCUACAAAGCGGUGGACGUGAACGGAGCGCGGCACACGGGUUUCGCGAUCGCUCAGACGACGAACAGGAACGGGUCGCGGCUGAGCACGGCGCGCGCCUUCCUCCGGCCGGCCGCCAACCGGCCGAACCUGCACGUGAUGCUGAACGCCACCGCCACACGAGUCCUCAUCGAUCAGGCGUCGCGGCGCGCGUACGCGGUGGAGGUGCGCAACAGCUUCGGAGCCUUGGAGACCAUCUUCGCCAACAACGAGAUUAUACUGAGCGCGGGCGCUAUAGGGUCGCCGCAGCUGUUGCAGCAGAGCGGCGUCGGCGAGCCGGAAGUGCUGGCGCGCGCCGGCGUGCCGCUGCGCCACGCGCUUCCGGCCGUCGGGCGCAACCUGCACAACCACGUGACGCACUUCGUGUCCUUCACGAUGCGCGACAACAACACGGCGCCGCUCAACUGGGCCACCGCGAUGGAGUACCUGCUAUUCAGGGACGGCCUCAUGUCGGGCACGGGUGACAACCCUGACAUCCAGCUGUUCUUCAGCGGCUUCCUGGCAGACUGCGCCAAGACCGGCAUGGUGGGGGAGAGCCUUGGCAACGGCUCUCGGAACAUCCAGAUGUUCCCUGCAGUCCUGCACCCCAAAAGCCGAGGCCGCCUGGAGAUAGCAAGCAACGACCCCUUUGCCCAUCCCAAGAUUUACGCAAACUAUUUAACGCACGCCGACGACGUGCGAACACUGAUAGAGGGAAUAAAGUUCGCGAUAAAGCUGUCGGAGACGAAGGCGCUGAAGAAGUACGGGCUGAAGCUGGACAGGAGCCCCGUGGCCGGCUGCGAGAAGCCCCGUGGCCGGCUGCGAGAACCCCCUGCUCACAUAAAUCAUCGCAAUAUGUUGACG